AUGAUCAUCGAUUUGACGAUUCCGUCUGGAUGUUCGAUCUACUUCGGCAAGGCUGCGUGCGGGGUGACCGAGAGGCUCAGACUGAAUACAUUUCGCAACGUGCUCAGCCAGGAUGGGACCUACUUUGACUCGUCAAAGCACUCGCCCGGGAAAGUGGCCACACGUUUGGCCACAGAUACAUAUUAUUCGACAAGCAAUAGACGCCAAGCUCGGCUAUGUUCUACGCGGUUUUGUCGCACUUGGAGCUGCGUUGGCGGCUUCGAUUUAUUUCUCCUGGCAAAUGACAAUUCUAAUGUUGAUUGUUGUGCCAAUUUUGACCGGUAUCGAUUUCAUCUGGGAGCGAGUCUU